AUGUGGCACAUGUGGGUGCCCUCUCGCCCGGGCCACGGGGAGGAUGGAGUUGGUGCCGGAAUCGAGGACAAGGCCGAGUUGCCAGAGUCGACGGCGAACUGGUUGUCGAUUUUGACAUUCAACUGGCUGAGCCCCGUUCUAACAACGGGCUACACCAGACCCCUUCAAGUCGAUGACCUGUACCACAUGCCCGGCAACAGGUUGAUCGCGGACUAUGCGGAUCGACUCGAGAAGCACACAACUGACACUACGGUCUUGGCCCUGGCUCUCAACGAUGUCUGCUUUCGGUGGUUCUGGCUAGGCGGUCUCUUCAAGCUGGCUGGAGACCUGUCGCAAAUGGUCUCGCCGCUGCUCAUCAGAUUUCUCAUCGCCACCCUGUCCGAUCCGUCCCAGCAGGCCCUGCGCGCAGGCUUCGGCUACGCGGUGGGCCUUUUUUUCCUGCUCGUCUUCUCCGUCACGUCUAAUGUCCACGGCUUCUACCGCUCGUACACGACCGGCAUCCUGAUACGAGGCGCUCUCAUGCACACCAUCUACCGCAGGGCGACAAUGCAGCUCACCGACAAGGCCAAGCUGAAACACGGCCUCGGCACGGGCAAGCUGAUGAGCCUGAUGAGCGCGGACGUGACACGCGUGGAUUUCUGCUGCGGCUUCUUCCACUCCGCGUGGACCAGCAUCCUCCAGGUCCUCCUCUGCUUCGCCCUGACCGUGUGGUCCAUGGGCUACAGCGCCCUGCCCGGGUUCGGCCUGCUGGCGCUGCUGUAUCCCCUGCAGACCUUCAUGAUGGGCCGGCUUCUGCGCCUCCGCCGGGCCAGCAUGCCCUUCACCGACGCCCGGGUCAAGGCCGUCGUGGAGGCCGUGUCGACCAUCCGCCUCGUCAAGACUAACGCGUACGAGAAGAGCCUACUCGCAAAGAUCGGAAAGCUGAGGUCCGACGAGGUCGUCUACCUACGCAAGAGGAUGCUACUCAGGGCUCUCAACACCGCCGUUUCGUACACGGCUCCCACACUAGCCGCCGUCGUCAGCAUCGUCUGCUAUGGAGCCACGAAUGAGAACGGAAUGGAAGCCAGUGUCAUCUUCUCUGCGCUCGCCUUGUUCUUGCUGCUGAGGACGCCGCUGCAAGCCCUGCCUAUUGCACUCUCGGCCAUCGCGGAUGCCCGGGCGGCACUCGAGCGCUUGGCGGUCUUUAUGCUCGCAUCUGACGAGGGCGAGAAGUCAUCGGCUGAUGUGGUGCUUCAAGUUGAGGACGCUAUUUUUGCUUAUCACGACGAUGAGGGACUCAUGACAGACGACGCCGAUGUGAAUGCUCAGGAAGUCAAAACUGCGCACGCAACUGGAUUACAAGGCAAGGUGCCCGCGGGCCAGACCCAGAGACUACGCGUCGAUUCGCUCGUGGUAAAGAGGAGCCAACUCGUCUGCAUCGUGGGCCCCGUGGCAUCAGGCAAAUCCUCGGUGUUCGGGGCGCUCUUGGGAGACAUGCAGCUUAUUCGGGCACGCUCAUGCCGGCUCAACCUCCAGAACUCGUUAUCGUCGUCUCAGCUCGCCUUCGCCCCGCAGACGGCCUGGCUGCUCAGCGAGACGGUACGGGAGAACAUUGUCUUCGGCAGGGCCCUGGAUAUGGCAUGGUACGACGAGGUGCUCACCCGGUGCUGUCUGCACCAGGACCUGAAGAGGCUGCCCGAGGGCGAUAUGACCGUCGUUGGCGAGAUGGGCGUAUCCCUGUCGGGCGGCCAGAAGCAGCGCAUAAGUCUCGCCAGGGCCAUCUACGGCAGGAGCCCGCUGCUCUUUCUCGACGACUGCUUCUCCGCCCUGGACGCCCAUGUUGGUGCCCGUGUCUUUGACAUGGUCGUCAACCAGGCGCGGAGGGACGAGGAGACCACUAUUCUUCUGGUGACGCAUUCAAUGGCUUUAGCUAGGCAGGCGGAUCAUAUUGUCUACAUGGAAAAAGGUCGCAUUGUGGAACAGGGCUCGUAUGAGCUUCUGUCCAGUCGGGAUGGCCCCUUUUCUCUCUUUGUGGGGUCCUCGUUGGCCCCGGAAUCGACUCAUGAUGGUGACUCUGGGCAACCGCAAUAUCAAGAGCCCAAGGUAAAGGAGGCGCAGGAGGAGGGGAUGGCCACCCAGAAUUCAAGGGGAAGGCAAGAGGGCCGAGGCGACGAGAUCAUGCAGAGUGAGGAGAGACUUGUUGGUUCUGUCAGCCGCAAGACCUACAUCCGCUACUUGCUGAUGGGCAACGCCUGGCUCACCGUGCCGCUCUUCGUAACGUCCAUCAUAGUCUACCAGGGAACGAGCAUUGUGUCGCCGCUGUGGCUGAGCUGGUGGCAAGACAACCAAUACACGUCCAUCUCGGAGGACGCAUACAUGGGGGGUUACGCGGCGUUCGGCAUUGGGCAGUCGCUGGGCCUGUUCUGCAUGAGCGCAACUUUUGCCUUCUUCUGCUUCUGGUGCUCGAACAAGCUUCACCGCGCGGCCAUGUCAGGUGUACUGGGCGCGCCCGUAGCCUUCUUUGACACGACGCCCCAAGGCCGCAUCACGCACCGGUUCAGCAAGGACGUCGACGCCGUGGACAACGUCGUGGGCGAGACGCUGCGGCUCUUCAUCUCGACGGCCGUGCAGGCCAUAGGCACCAUCAUCGUGGUGACCAUCGUGCUGCCGCCGUUCGUGGCCAUCGGCGUCGCCCUCCUCCUCGUCUACACCUGGACUGGCAUGUACUACCGGCCCUCGUCGCGCGAGCUGCGCCGCCUCAACAACCUGCUCCGCAGCCGCAUCUACGAGCACUUUGGCGAGUCGCUGUCCGGCCUGCCCACGCUCAAGGCCUUUGGCGCCGUGUCACGCUUCCUCGAGGACAACGCCGGCAAGAUCGACGCCGAGAACACCGCCUACUGGCUGUCGGUGGCGUGUCAGCGCUGGCUCAAUCUCCGCCUGGACCUCUGCGGGGCGGCCCUCGUCCUCGCCGCGGGCCUGCUCGUCGUGGGGCUCCGAGGUACCAUCGAUCCGUCGUCCGGGGGCGUGGUGCUGUCGUAUGUCGUCACGGCACAGGCCGUCUUUGGAAACAUGAUUCGCCAGAGCGCCGAGAUCGAGAACAACAUGAAUUCGGUCGAGAGAAUGCUCCACUAUGCGUACAACAUCGAGCAGGAGCCUGAGCACGAUGUUGACGAUGUGGACAAGGGCUUAAAGGCCAGUGAAUGGCCGCGUGCUGGCCGCGUGCAGUUUCAGUCGCUGACGCUCAGUCACCGUCCCGGCCUGGAACCGGCACUCAGGGACGUCACGCUGGAUAUAGAGCCGGGCGAGAAAGUUGGAGUUGUGGGGCGUACUGGUGCUGGAAAGACUACUUUGGUAUCCGCUUUGUUGAGGAUCACAGAGCCCACAAGCGGCAAGAUCCUUAUCGACGGAGUUGACAUUCACACGGUCGGUCUACAUCUACUCCGGUCAAGCUUGUCUGUCAUUAGCCAGGACGCCGUCCUCCUGGCCGGGACCAUCCGGUACAACCUGGAUCCGUUCCAGCAUUCAAACUCGGAAGUCAAGGAGAACGGCGCCAACGUUUCCCAGGGCCAACGGUCUCUGAUCUCCAUCGCCCGCGCCCUUGUGCGGCGGUCCAGGAUUGUCAUUUUGGACGAGGCCACGGCGUCCAUCGACGGCAGGGCUGACACGGCGCUUCAGAUCAUGUUGAACGAGGUGAUGGGGGACGCUACAGUUCUCACUGUGGCUCAUCGACUGGAUACCAUCAUUGCUACGUGUGAUAGGGUCAUCGUGAUGGACAGUGGCAGGGUCGCCGAAUUUGAUUCCAUCCCGAAGCUUUUUUCCCGGCCGGACAGUCUGUUUAGGGCACUCUGCAAUGCCUCCAAAGUCACUGUCCGGGGGGGAUCCGGUGAUGGAGGAGAGUCAUAA